CUCUCUUCGCCACCGUCGUGUUUCUCCUGCCGACACCUCCGCACUGAUGCCUUGCAACGACAUUUCCACAUAGUUUUUACACAAAAUAAGCAGGCGGCUCAACAACAUGGGUGGAAAGAAGAAGAAACCAGGCAGCCAUGCGGGUGCAGCCGGCCUGGUCGGCCCGGCUUCAGCCUGCAGGAGCGGCGCCGGCGCGGCGGAGGAAGAGGCGAAGAAACAGCCGGCCAGCGAGCGACCCGCAAAACCAGCCAGGGAGAGCAAGUCUAAAGCUCCGAAGACUUACAGUCUUUCCAAUACGGCUCAGGCGGACAAAGGUGGGGUCUCAGAGAAGUCAAUCCUUAAAGUGUUUAUCCAAGCAGACCUGGAGAAGAAGAUCAUCAAGUUGAUCAACGACUUCAGACAGGAGAAUGGGGACAAAGGACCCAUAUCUGGCAGACUCACAAGCAAGAAACUACUGGACCUGUACACCGCUCUACAGAAGUUCAACUUCAAGAGAGAACACAUCGAAGAGGCGAUGAAGAGUAGUGUCCUGUACGGAGGCGACCUCCACUCUGCUCUCGACUGGCUCUGCCUCAACCUCAAAGAUGAGGAGUUACCAGAUGGUUUCAGCCAGCAGCUGCAGGAGGAGGUCCAGAAGAGCCGGCCCAAAUUCCAGCCUCCUCCCCAGCAGAAACCUGUAGCUCCGAGCCCCAAAACGGUCAACAACACUUGCAGAGAGACCAGCAAGACUACAGAGAAAGAUGAUGCUGACGUGAAGGACUGGAUCUUAAGGUAUGCAGAGCAAAGCAGUGAUGAUGAUGAUGAUGAGGAGGAGAAAGAAGAACAGGGGAAGAAAACACACAACCCAGAAAUGGAGGAAAAGUUCGAUCCAAAUGACAGGUAUUUGGUCCUUACUGCUCAGCUGUAUGACACUAAAGAAAUGGCAGCCACUGCGAAGGCCAAAGGAGACAAGGCGGGUCAGAGGAUGGUGCAGGACAGAAUACGGGUCAUACAGCAAGAAAUGAAACACCUGGAGUCCCACCCUGUGUUCAAUCCAGCUAUAAAAGUGGUGGAUGCACCCCGAAAAGAGAAAAAGAUACUUCCUGUCGGCGACGACAAAGAGGACCUCAGCUUCAAUUUGUUUGAACGAGCGGAGAAAGAACCUCCUGCAGAGAAAGUCGUGAAAAAGAAUGAACCAAAAGACAUCCGCAACUUUGAUUACACGGCACGCAGCUGGACGGGAAAGUCCCCCAAACAGUUCCUCAUCGACUGGGUCCGGAAGAAUCUGCCCAAAAGUCCAGCGCCAACUUUUCACAAGGUUGCCGCUGGGAAAUACUGGCGAUGCAAGGCCCGUGUUCAGAGAGUAGAUGAUUUUUUGGAGGUUUGUCCAACCAUCGUGACUGAAGACAGCAUGCAGGCUCAACAUCUGGCUGCCACACUGGCCCUCUACAACCUGGUGAAAGGACAAUCGGUGCACCAGCUCCUACCUCCCACCUACAGAGACGUCUGGCUGGAGUGGAGAGACGGCGAGCAGCAGCGACGGGACGAGAGCCGGACGGCUGCCAACAAACCCCGGGACCAGUUCAUCUCCCGGCUCUUAACCAGGCUGAAACAGCAGCAGGAGGUUCAGGGUCUAGGGGAGCAGUCCGGGUCGGAAAGGCAGGAGACGUUUGGGACGGACGGGGGAAGGGAAGAGGAGCCUGAGGAAUCCUGGGAAAAUCUGGCUGGUCUUGAUAUUGGGGAGAGAGGAGCAGAAAAGGAGGACAGGUGUGAGAAGCGUGGAGGGAAAAGGGAAAGCGCUGCGGGGCUUGAAGCUGCCAGGGAGCUCUUUCUGAAGCUGAGGAAGUCUCCACUUGCUCACAAACUGCAGGCGGAGCGAGAGCAGCUUCCAGUCUUUCAACACCGAGGUCGUGUCAUGGAGGCUUUGCAGCGCCACCCUGUGGUCGUGGUGGCCGGUGAGACGGGCAGCGGCAAAAGCACUCAGAUCCCUCAGUUCCUCCUGGAGGAGAUGCUGACUGGAGGGAAAGCUGCUGAGCCCUGCAACAUCGUGGUGACCCAGCCACGCAGGAUAUCGGCCAUGAGCUUGGCCAGCAGAGUCAGCCAGGAGCUGGGCUGCGAGAGCGGACCAGGAACCAAGUCUUCGCUGUGUGGAUACCAAAUCCGGAUGGAGAAUCAGUCUGGCGAAUGGACCCGCCUGCUGUAUUGCACGACUGGAGUCCUGCUCAGGAAGCUCCAGAAUGACAGACACCUAAGCUCCCUGACGCAUAUCAUUGUGGACGAGGUCCACGAGCGGAGCGUCCAGUCAGACUUCCUGCUAACCGUCCUCAAAGACGUCGUAAUGAAGAGGUCCGACCUGAAGCUGAUCCUCAUGAGUGCCACAGUGGACUGCAACAAGUUCUCCAACUACUUCAACCGCUGCCCGGUGAUCAACAUACCAGGCCGAACGUUCCCAGUGGAGGUGUAUCAUUUAGAGGACAUCGUGGAGCAGACGGGAUACGUUCUGGAAAAGGACUCGGAGUACUGCCAGAAAAUCCUGGAAGAUGAAGAAGAGGUCUCCAUCUCUGUCUCGCAAAAAGGCGGCAAAACCUCGCAGCACCAGGAGGUGAUCGUGAGGGACUCUUGCUCUGGCUGGGACCUGGGUCCCGACCUCGACCACUUCAGUAGCAGGACUCGUCAGGUGCUGCAGUAUAUGAACCCUAAUAAGAUCAACAUGGACUUACUCGUUGACCUCGUCGACUACUUAGACAAAUCUCCACAGUUUGCAAGUUUGGACGGAGCCAUCCUCGUGUUCCUCCCCGGUCUGGCUCACAUCCAGCAGCUGUACGACCUGGUCACCUCAGAUAAGAGGUUCCGGGACAAGAACAGGUACAGAGUUGUUGCUCUUCACUCCACUCUUUCGUCCAAGGACCAGGCCUCUGCGUUCACAGUGCUCCCUGCUGGAGUUAGAAAGAUUGUCUUGUCAACCAACAUUGCUGAGACAGGUGUGACCAUACCUGAUGUUGUGUUCGUCAUUGACACUGGGAAGACCAAAGAAAAUAAGUACCACGAGAGCAGCCAGAUGAGUUCUCUGGUGGAAACGUUCGUCUCUAAAGCCAGCGCCUUCCAGAGACAAGGGAGAGCCGGACGCGUCCGAAACGGCUUCUGCUUCAGACUUUAUCCUAAGUUCAGGUUCGAUAGCUUCAUGGACUUCUCUGUCCCAGAGAUACUGCGGGUCCCACUGGAGGAACUCUGUCUUCACAUCAUGAAAUGUCAGUACGGCUCCCCGGAGGACUUUCUGAGCCGGGCGCUGGAUGCUCCCCAGCCCCAGUCGGUCAGUAACGCCGUCAACCUGCUCAGGAAGAUCGGCGCGUGCCAUCCCACCAGUCACGCUCUCACCCCUCUGGGACACCACCUGGCGAGUCUUCCGGUCAAUGUGAAAAUCGGCAAGAUGCUCGUCUACGGAGCCAUCCUCGGCUGCCUGGAGCCCAUCGCAACCAUUGCAGCAGCCAUCACAGAGAAGUCGCCUUUCUCCACACCAAUGAACAGAAAGGAUGAAGCUAACCUGGCCAAAGCUGCGCUAGCGACAGCCAACUCUGAUCACCUGACCAUUUACACUGCAUAUCUGGGGUGGAAAAACUCCCAGCAAGAUGGGCAGAGAGCUGAGGUGUCGUACUGCAGGAAGUACUUCCUAAAUCGAACUGCUCUCAUCACAAUAGAGGAUGUGAAGCACGGACUGAUGAGGAUGAUGGAGCAGGCAGGCUUCUGGUCCUCCUCUUCCUCGUCUCACUCGAAGCAGCAGGCGACUUCGCUGUCCAAGCAGCAGGUCACGGUGCUGAACGCGGCUCUGACGGCAGGCCUCUACGACAGCGUGGCCCGCGUCCUGUUCACACAGUCCGUGGACGUGCUGGAGCGAAUCGCCUGCACGGUAGAGACGCCUCAAGGAAAAGCUCAAGUUCACCCUUCAUCUGUGAACCGCAACCUGCAGACGCACGGCUGGCUUUUAUAUCAGGAGAAGGUGAAAUACACCAAGAUCUACCUGCGAGACACAACUCUGGUAUCUCCUUUCCCCAUGCUGCUGUUUGGAGGCGACAUUGAUAUUCAGCACAGAGAGAAACUCAUCACCUUAGAUGGAUGGAUCAGCUUCCAGGCGCCGGUACGGAUCGGUGUGAUCUUCAAACAUUUGAGGAAACUGAUGGACUCUUUGCUGGAAAAGAAGUUGGAAAACCCCAGAACCAAACUUGAAGGUGAAACAACCAUCCAGAUGAUUCUGGAUCUGAUCAAAUCGGAGCAUGCUGUCUAACCAUCAUGGAAGCCGCCGCCAGAGAAGCUGCACAUUUCAGAUGUUCCCAGGCCUUUGCUUCUCCAGUCUUUGUCAGAGUUCAGGAUGAACCUUGCAGACACACACUUCCCCAUGAUCAGAUGUGUGUGUGUGUUCACAUUAAAAUGAUGGGAACCUGGAACUCUUGACUCACAUUGACUACGUUUACAUGCAGUCAAAAUGCGGUGCUUGAUCUGGUCUGGCGUUCGUACAAAUGCUGCUUCGCACAACUUUUCGCUCACCUUUUUGUAAAUCUCGCUAUCCCGGUACUUUCUACCGUCUACAAAUGUCAAAAUGUUCAUACCUUUCAUUACAUUUAUGAAGGCAAGGCACAUUUAUUUAUAAAGCACAUUUCACAUGAUGAGCAUGGACUCGAUGUGCUCAAAUACAUAAAUAAACAAAAUUACAGGUUUACAAUAACAGAAACAGACAAAGGUAUGUCAAGAGAAAAACAACAAUAAUUCAAUUUUAACAAAAGUGCGAUCACUCAGCCAACCAUGUACUUUAUUCAAACGCCUGUGCAAAAAGG